GAUAUCUCUCUCGCCUCGCCUCCACCUACCUAUCCCCCUCAUUCUUUCCUCGCGCUCCUCGGCGUCGCCACAUCGUUACUUCCCCCGCGACGACCACUCCACUCUCGUCGCCGGCGAUGACCUCCUUUUCCCAUACGCAAACCCUAUCCUCACACCCAUGAAUCCUCCAAACCCCGCCCCGCUCCUCUCCUUGCGCUCCAACCCCUCCCUCCCGCCCCCCGGCCGCCACCGGCGCCCCCACCCCACGCCGCCGGCGGCUGCCAACACCACCGGCGCGGCCUCGCCGCAGGAAUGGUUCCGCCCCCACCGCCCGACUGAUUCCGACCCCUCCACCUCCGGCGGGCGCGUCGCGGCGCGCGACCCGGGCGUGCGCGUCAAGGCCAAGGAGGGCUCCGAGGACAAGAAGAAGGGGGAAAGUAAGAGGAGGUGGUGGGAACGGUGGUCCGGGGACAAGGAGAGCUACCUGGUCGACGACGUGGAGCCGCUCCCGAUACCCUUGACUAUUCCGGGAACUGAGCCGAUGUCACGGGAGGAGCUCGACCGCCGCCUCAGCUGCGACGUGAAGAUCGAUGAUUGCAAGAUUGUUUCGUACGAAUGGACGGGCAAGUGCCGGAGCUGCCAGGGGACGGGACUGGUGAGCUACUUCAGGAAGAAGGGGAGGGAGACCAUCUGCACAUGUGUGCCAUGCUCUGGCAUUGGUUACGUUCGGAAAAUUACAUACCGCGAAGGAGCUGAAAAUAUGGACGAGUUAGACAAUGGGAGACCACCAUAAUUUGAUGGCGCUGUCUGUUUGGCAGCGUUAAUUUUAUUAACUGGUGCUGAAUAGAUUGUGUUGCAACCUUUGAUGGCACAAUCUAUUUCAGGCACGGUACAGGACUGGAUUCCAUUCUUUAAGCAUUGUAAACUUGCCUAGUUAUUGUACCCUUUUAUUCUUCACUUACAGAUGUAUGAUCACAAUUAUAAAGAAGGAAAGAAUAAAUUUCAAGAGAUUACUUGGACCAGUUUUGAAAUAA